AUGAUACCACGCCAAGCGGCGUUGAGCAAGACUCUACGACACUUCAGCUCAUCUGCUCGCGCAUGCGUGCACAUAUCUCAUAUCGGAAAAACUCCCAUCCCAAUUCCACCUAAUGUCACUAUCACCCAAUCUCAAACUUCGCUCCAAGUCAAGGGACCUCUUGGCUCAACGUCUGUCCCACUGGAAUCAUACAUGAAGCUCGCGUAUCCGCAAGAAAAUGUGCUGACAAUAGCUGUAGAAGAUGCAGAGGUAAAGAAGCAGCGGUCAAUGUGGGGUCUUACACGGACGCUCAUAAAUAACGCGGUCGUCGGAAUGACGGAGGGUUUCACUGUUCCCAUAUAUCUUGUUGGUGUUGGGUACAGAGCUGCGUUGGAGGAAGACCCGAGAGGAACGACAAAUGGUGGCAAUGGCCAGAGGCUCAAUAUGAAGCUGGGGCAUUCUCAUAACGUCUACGUGCCAAUUCCUGCCCAUAUCAAGGCAGACGUGCCUUCUCCGACGAAGAUCACACUCUUUUGCACGGACAAGCACUUGCUUGGUCUUUUUGCUGCAAGGAUACGGAAAUGGCGUCCACCUGAACCAUACAAAGGCAAGGGUGUUUUCAUUGGUAAUGAACAAAUUCGUAUCAAGUCCGUCAAAAAGAAGUAG